CUACUACCAUGUUGAUGGACUUUCUUUUAAGCCGGAGGUGAUGGGUUUGAAACUCUAUAAUGUCAAAAUUUUGCAAAAGUUUAGUAUUGUGAGGUGACCAGUUCAGUUUGAAUAAAUUAGUGGGUUGGUAAAGGUCAAAUGGUUAGUCUGGUUCAAUUUUCAAUCCAAAAUUCCCAAAAAAAAAAAAAAAAAAAAAAACUAACUAGACCAAACCAAACCGAUUUUUGCCCAAUUUAUCAGAUUUUCGGUUUAAUUGUCCACCCCUAAAAAGCAUCACUUAUUCUUAAAAAAAAAAAAAAAAAAAGAAAAGACAAUUGCAAAUUUAGUUCAUGUGCAAACGCAGUUUAGGCUAUAGUGACAUUGCACAGGAGCAGCAAGUCCACCAUGGCCUCGCCUAGGGCCUUCACAUUCAAAUGCUCUCCUUCUCUCGCCUUUUCCACCAAGACACUCAUGGACUCAAAACCCAGAACCCUCCGCAGCCCAUUUUCAUGUUCAACUUCUGGCUCCCCUCAAAGAGAAGCUCGUUUAAGCGACGCUGUUGAAGGCGCUAUCACAUUGCAGGAAUGGCAGGGUUGGGGCACCACGUCCCCUCUGCCCGCCAUGGUUACGAAAAUUGUUGAGGAUUUGAAGGCUUUGGAAAAAGAUAUCGAUGCCCAGAUGAGCUUUGGUGGUAGUGGUGGCAAACUUCAGGGGGAUUUUAAAGUGCAAGAGGAUAAAAAGCACCGGAAAACCUAUCAGGCUUUAGGUGAUUCUGAACAAAAACUCCAGUUCUUUGCAGCUCGACAAAUAGCAUGUCGUUUGCUGGGAAGUAGGGGCUACCUUUGUCAAAAGUGCUGGCUUCCUUUGGAAGAUUGUAUGUGUUCAAACGUCACACAAUCCACUCUUUGGCAUAGAAUGAGGUUCUGGUUAUAUAUGCAUCCAAAGGAUUUCUUGCGACAGAACAACACUGGAAAGUUGUUAUGGCAAGUAUUUGGCACUGAGGCUGCAACUUUGUGCCUCUUUGGCAUUUCCGAACAUGAAGAAAUAAUGUGGAAUGCUUUGAAGCUAGCAGGAAAAAAAAAUGUUUGGUGCCUUUAUCCCAACAAAAAUGCAGCGUUAAAAUCAGUUGAGGAUGUCUUCGGCCAAGAACCGUCACCAUAUCUGGAAUGCACAGAUACUAAGACAAAUGAAGAUGGAACACUGAAUUUCAUUUUGAUUGAUGGAACUUGGAACAAUUCAGUUUCGAUAUUCAGUCGUCUGAAGGAUCAAGCAACGUCAGUUUGGGGAGAGGCAGACUUUCCUUGUAUUUCCCUGGCCACUGGUGUAUCUGCGAUGCAUAAACUUAGGCCUCAACCAUCAUGGGAUCGUACCUGUACAGCAGGAGCGGCUAUUGGCCUCCUCUCUGAGCUGCAACUUCUUCCGGAGUUCAGCUCCUUUGGAUUCGAUAAACAGGCUGAGGCUCUAGAGGAUACUUUAGUUAUAUUAUUAGAAGCACUGACAACUAGAAGAGUUCGGAUGGGCAGGUCCAUCACUCGUAAAGUAAGACACAUGAGUGGCAUCUGUUAACAGCCAACCAAGAAAACUUAAUGGUUGACCUGAUACCAGGAGAGAUUUCUAAAUGUUGAGGCUAGUCAGCUGCAUACUUCAGAAUACAUUGUUACCAAGUGAAGGAAGAAAAUCUGUUUUUGAGGCACCGGACAGUGACGUUUCACGCAGAAAGUGUUUAAUGGUGAACUGAUGAAAAGGAAUUUGUGGAUUGUAUCACAUUUUAAUGAGUCAUUACUAUCGAAAAUUUUUCUUGCCCUUUUGGUAUCCAUUUCUUUGUGGGUAUCCUUGGGGGUUAAAAUGGCUUGAGUGGCUGAUUGAAGUGCAGCUUAGAGCACCUCCACCCCAAAGGGCAAGGGGGGCAGGGGCAGGGCAAAGGCAAGGCAAGGUUUGUCACUAUUCACGUGAAUAGUGGCAGCCUUUGUCUUUUUUGUUUUCACCCCACAGGACAAGGGCAAGGGUAAUUACUAUUUACUUUAAUUUAUUUUCAAUUUUUUAUACUUUAACCAUUAAUUUUGAUAAGAUUUUCG